CUUCUUUUAAUAGGUUCAUAUCUGACUCGCAGAUUUUACACACGCAGGUUCAAUGACACAAACCCAACAAGUUUGUCUCUCCGUGCUUGUGUCUAUCUCUUAAAUAAUCGGACUUUUUACCAAACCAAAUCUUGCAGACUCGAAAUGGGACGAGAAUCGAGACAUUACAGGAAACGUUCGGCGUCUCGUGGACGGUCGGGAACCCGAUCGAAGAGUCGGUCCCCGGAGAAACGCUCCAAGAAAGACGACCGAGACCGAAACAGGAGAGACAGAUCACGUAGCCGAGACCGCCGAAGAUCACGAUCCAGAGACAGAAAAAGAGCCAGGCGUUCCAGGAGCAGAGACAGGAGGAGGACCAGAAGCCGUGACAGAAAGAGGUCCCGAAGCCGAACCCGCAGGUCCCGGUCUGGUAGCCCAGCGAAGAGCAAGAAAAUUGAUGAGAAGUCAAAAAGCAAAGAGAAAGACAACCUUGACCCUGUGUCCGACAAGAAAAAGAUCAAAGAGGAGAAAGAAGAUGAAAAAGUUGAAGAUCAAGACUUUGACCAGAACAAGCUGGAGGAGGAAAUGAGGAAGAGGAAGGAGCGAGUGGAGAAGUGGAGGGAAGAGCAGAGGAAGAAGGCUAUUGAAAACAUUGGAGAGAUCAAGAAAGAACUGGAAGAAAUGAAGCAGGGCAAGAAGUGGAGUCUUGAGGAUGAUGAUGAUGAUGAUGAUGAUGGUUCAGCUUUGAUGGAGGUAGAUGAUGACGAUGAUGAAGAAGGGGAUGCAAAGGCAGAGGGUAAAGAGAAGGAUGCAAUGGAGGUAAAAAAAGAGGAGGGUGAGAAGGAGACAGAUAAGCCUGUGGAGCAGCAGGCUGAAGAAGACGAAGUGGAUCCCCUGGAUGCCUACAUGGAGGAGGUCAAACAGGAAGUAAAGAAGUUCAACAUAGGAGCCAUGAAAGGAAACGACAAGAAAGGAGCCAUGAUGGUAACCAAAGUGGUGACGGUUGUGAAAACCAAAAAAGGACCGCACACACACAAAAAGAAGGGGGAAUUGAUGGAAAAUGACCAGGAUGCCAUGGAGUACUCCUCAGAGGAAGAGGAAGUGGACCUUCAUACGGCUUUGUCAGGCUUCCAGACAAAACAGAGAAAGGUGCUGGAGCCCGUUGACCACGGGAAGAUCCAGUAUGAGCCGUACCGCAAAAACUUCUAUGUGGAGGUGCCUGAACUGGCUAAAAUUACACCAGAAGAAGUGAACGCAUACAGGUUGGAACUGGAAGGAAUUACUGUCAAAGGGAAGGGUUGUCCAAAACCCAUCAAGACCUGGGUGCAGUGUGGGGUGUCCAUGAAGAUUCUGAGCGCCAUGAGGAAGCACAGCUACGAGAAGCCCACACCCAUCCAGGCUCAGGCCAUCCCUGCCAUCAUGUCAGGCCGAGACCUCAUUGGCAUCGCUAAGACUGGAAGUGGCAAAACCAUUGCUUUCCUGUUGCCCAUGUUCCGACACAUCAUGGAUCAGAGACCGCUGGAGGAGGCAGAGGGACCCAUCUCUGUAAUCAUGACUCCGACCAGAGAGUUGGCGCUGCAGAUCACCAAGGAGUGCAAGAAGUUCUCCAAAUCACUGGGACUCAGAGUAGUGUGUGUUUACGGAGGCACGGGAAUCAGUGAACAGAUUGCUGAGCUGAAAAGGGGAGCAGAGAUCAUCGUCUGCACACCGGGGAGAAUGAUCGACAUGUUGGGAGCGAACAGCGGUCGGGUAACCAACCUGCGCAGGGUUACCUACGUGGUGUUGGAUGAAGCAGACAGGAUGUUUGAUAUGGGUUUCGAACCGCAGGUGAUGCGUAUUGUGGACAACGUGCGUCCCGACCGACAGACGGUCAUGUUCUCCGCUACCUUCCCCAGAGCCAUGGAGGCGCUGGCUCGCAGGAUCCUUUCAAAGCCCAUCGAGGUUCAGGUCGGAGGUCGCAGCGUCGUCUGCUCUGACGUGGAACAACACGUGCUGGUGAUUGAAGAGGAUAAGAAGUUCCUGAAACUGUUGGAGAUUUUAGGUCACUACCAGGAGAAGGGAUCCGUCAUCAUCUUCGUGGACAAACAGGAGCACGCGGACGGAUUACUCAAAGACCUGAUGAAAGCCUCGUACCCCUGCAUGUCUUUACAUGGAGGAAUCGAUCAGUAUGACAGAGACAGCAUCAUCAAUGACUUUAAGAACGGAGCCUGUCGCCUGAUGGUGGCCACCUCUGUAGCAGCCAGAGGCCUGGAUGUCAAACAGCUGAUCCUGGUGGUCAACUACAACUGUCCCAACCACUAUGAGGACUACGUACACAGGGCGGGACGUACAGGCAGAGCAGGCAACAAGGGCUAUGCUUACACCUUCAUCACGGAGGAUCAGGCUCGCUACGCUGGUGACAUUAUCAAGGCCCUGGAGCUGUCCAGCUCUCCUGUCCCGCCUGAAUUGGAACAGCUUUGGGCGUCCUUCAAAGAUCGGCAGAAAGCCGAGGGUAAGGCCAUUAAGAGCAGCAGUGGCUUCUCGGGAAAAGGCUUCAAGUUCGAUGAGACGGAGCACGCUUUGGCUAACGAGAGGAAGAAGCUGCAGAAAGCUGCUCUCGGGCUGCAGGACUCCGAUGACGAGGAUGGAGCCUUGGAUAUCGAGGAGCAAAUUGAAAGCAUGUUUAAUUCCAAGAAGAGAGUGAAGGAUCUUUCUGCUCCAGGAGCGGCUGCUGGAGCAGCCGGAGCUGUUGCUGCCACAGCAGCCGCUUCUGGGGGGCUUCCUGGAGUCGCCCUGGCUUCUGCUGGAAACAUCCAGAAACUGGAGAUGGCUAAAAGGCUUGCCCUCAGGAUCAACGCUCAGAAGAACCUGGGAGCUGAGGCUCAGGAUGUGAUGCAGCAGGCCACCAAUGCCAUCCUGCGUGGUGGACCCAUCGUGACGCCAUCUGUAUCGGCCAAGACCAUCGCAGAGCAGCUGGCGGAGAAGAUUAACGCCAAACUGAACUACACGCCUGUGGAGAAAAUGGAGGAGGAGCGGCAGGCAGCCGAACAGGCCGAGACCGUCAGGAGGUACGAAGAAGAGCUGGAGAUCAACGACUUCCCUCAGACCGCCAGGUGGAAGGUGACAUCUAAAGAAGCUUUGCAGAGGAUUGGUGAAUACUCUGAAGCUGCCAUCACCAUCAGAGGAACCUAUUUCCCACCAGGCAAAGAACCCAAGGAGGGAGAACGCAAGAUCUAUCUGGCUAUUGAGAGUGCAAAUGAACUGGCUGUGCAGAAAGCUAAAACAGAGAUUACACGACUGAUCAAGGAGGAGCUCAUCAGAUUACAAAAUUCCUACCAGCCAACAAGCAAAGGCCGAUACAAAGUGCUGUGAAGGAAGAGUGCCUGUGGGGGUUUACGUCACUACAGCGUCAGAAAUAUGGAUGAUGAAUAUUUUAGUCUAUAUUUUAAUAAUUUUCCAAUGACUGUUUGUGCAUUUUGACGUUCCAGUGAUUUUCCUGUACUUCCAGAUGAAAGCAGCACAAUUCUGCCACAAACUCAUCAGAAACACCUUUAUUUACAUCUCUCGCCUCGUUAAUGGAAUUUUUCUGAUCACAUUUAUCUACAUGCAACAUAAAACAAAGAUGUUUUUUUUUUUUUACAUUUCCCCCAAAUAAAACAGUGUUGCUUUAGGAAAA